AUGUCGCCGCCUUGCUCACUCUGCAACAAUUUAGGAAAGCGGUCGCCGCACGACAACCGCCUAGCUUUGGAUUUCACUUAUGAGAUGCUCUCCCGCAAUGGGGAGACAGGAGCCUGCAAAUCAUGCGCCCUUAUGCUGGAAGCAAUUGAACGCUUCGUAUCAAGCCCGGCACGAGCUAUAAGCCGAGUCUACGUUUACGGUCUUGCCGCCAACUGCAACACAUUGAGCGUGGAGAUCUACUUCAAAGACGGUAGACCCAAGUUGAUUCUAGAGUUAUUUCAUCAUCUUGACGACUCUGAGGCUUCCAGCCACCCUUGGCCUGCAAUAAGAGCGAAGCCUGUGACAAAAGGGCAUCCGCUUGAACAAUCUAGCCUUGCGUGGGUGAAAGCACUACUUCAGGACUGUGUGGAGCGUCAAGAUGCUCAAAAUCCACGUUGGACAUUGCCGAAAAGAGUCUUAAAGCUCGACCAAGGAGCUUACCCGGAUAUCUCCGUCUGCCUUCAGGAGAAUGAUACUUCUAUCAAAGGUUCCUAUGCAACUUUGAGCCACUGCUGGGGGCUACACCAACCCUGCAUCACGACCAUAGCAAACAUUUGCAAACGAAAGGACGGUAUUCCUUGGACAGAAAUACCACAAACCUUCAAGGACGCUAUUCAGUACUGUUUGGAGCUUGGCAUUCACUACCUUUGGAUCGAUGCUCUUUGCAUCGUUCAGAACAGUGACGAAGACUGGCAGAGAGAGUCCGCAAAGAUGGGAGAGAUCUUUCAGCACAGUUUGUUGACUAUCGCUGCAACAUCGUCUCCGAACAGCACUACAGGCUGCUUUGCGGAUUACCAUAAGGCCGGUCAGGGCAAGAAAUUUGUGUUGGAGAACGGGUCGCGAAACUUUCCGCCUGUCAUGGUCCGUCCGGCGCAUAGGCAUUGGACAUUGCCUUCGACAUCCGCAUCUCAGCCGUACUGGCCAUUGCUUUCCAGGGGAUGGGUAUUCCAAGAAAUCCUUCUAUCACCCAGGGUCAUUCACGUUGGCAAAACGGAGCUAAUUUGGGAGUCUGCCACUCAGACCCAAUGCGAAUGCGGCGCAUCCAUAACCGGUCUGAAGCAGGACACCCGGCUUGAUGAUGGUAACACAACGAUGGAUCGUUUGAAAUUGGUUCCAGACGAUUGGAAGGAGGCCAUUCCACGUUUAUCUUUCCGCAGGCGAUUGCAGAUGCGUUGGAAGCGGCUGACACGGGCUGUCAGAGGGCGCUCAACACCGUCGACUGACAGCAGGGGUUCAGCACCGUCGCCUGCCGCAUUCCCGGAACAGCUUGUCUGGGAUGCAUCGCCGGAAUGGCAAAACAUCAUCGAACAGUAUUCAGCCCUAAAUCUAACCAAGGCGUCUGAUCGCUUGCCCGCACUGUCUGGCCUAGCGCAGCGAAGUGCCUCAGUUCUGGAUGACUCGGACGGCUCCUCAGGCCCGAUGUACCUUGCCGGGCUUUGGAAAAAGACCCUCGAGCGCGACCUUUUAUGGCGGGUCGACAGGCUGAGUCCUUCCUCGAAUGCACUGUCAACCUAUAGAGCACCCUCCUGGUCAUGGGCGUCUGUUUGCACCAAUGUACAGUACUGGGGGGUCACAGACUUGGUAAGGCUUGUCUUUCCACCAGAUUAUCGCUCCUCCAGUCUCGUUGGAAGCCGAGAUGUAGAUAAACGCGGCGAAAACUUGGAGAUUAUCAGAUGCAACGUAAAGGUUGCGGGUCAAAAUCCGUUCGGGGAGGUGGAGGGUGGCAAAUUGGUUCUCAGCGGUCAUUUGGCCGAGGCGAAGGUGCUAUUCGUCUCCCGUCGCGUUGGGGAUGGUCAAGAGUUUCAUUACGAGCAUGACCCUUUACGCUACGAAGUUCAAAUCAGCCAUCCAAAGGUGGGCUCGGUGCAGCUGCCUUUUUAUGCCGACUACAUCCUGAGCGUUGAAGGCACAGGACAUGUCGAUGACGGGGGAGUUGUCUUUCUUCUGCAGGUUUUCGUCAACCUGUGCUUUGUUUUGAGGCCCACAGGCCGGGUGAAGGAAUUCCACAGGAUCGGGCUCUUCAGAGCUCCACCUGCAUACUUUCACCUGUACGGCGUCAGUUUGAUUCCUCAUAACCCACCAGAGCAGAUCACGAUUAUUUAA